UCUCCGGCUGUCUGCGAGGCUGCAGGAGGAGUCUGCUUGCUCUGUCCCUCUGUGGCGGGGCGCAGGGCUGCAGGAGGAGUUGGGACGCAGGAGGGGGAAGAUGUGCCUUCUGGUCACACACAACUGAAUCCAGAAGCCGGGACACACAUCUUCAGGUCUGCUCAGGGUUCACACUUGGUGCUUGGACAAAUUCAGAAUGAGGAAACCCCAGCAUUUGCCCCUGGUGGCCACCUUUUGCCUCUUUCUCUCAGGCCUUUCCAUGACUUAUGCUCAACAGCAGCCACCAGAUGUCAAAAAUGGUGCCGCUGCUGAUAUAAUAUUUCUAGUGGAUUCCUCUUGGAGCAUUGCAAAGGAACAUUUCCAACUCGUUCAAGAAUUUCUAUAUGAUGUUAUAGAGUCUUUAGCUGUGGGAGAAAAUGAUUUCCAUUUUGCUCUGGUCCGGUACAACGGAGACCUACACACUGAGUUCCUGUUCAAUACGUACCGUACUAAACAAGAAGUCCUUUUCCAUAUUUCCAACAUGUCUUAUCUUGGGACCAGCAAUCAGACUGGAAAAGGAUUAGAGAACAUAAUUCAGAAGCACCUCACUGAGGCUGCCGGAAGCCGGGCUGGGGCUGGAGUCCCCCAGGUUAUCAUAGUAUUAACCAAUGGACGCCUGGAGGACGCUCUGCCCUCAGUGGACUUCAGGGCAGCUGGCCUUAACGUGUUUGCAGUUGGCGUUGAGGAUGCAGAUGAAGGAGCCUUAAGAGAAAUAGCAAGUGAACCACUCCAUAUGCAUGUUUUCAACCUAGAGAACUUUACCUCCCUUCGUGACAUAGUAGGAAACUUUGUGUUCUCUGUGCAUUCAUCCCUGAGUUCUGCAAUGGCCAGGGACACGGAAAUCCUUAAGUUCUACGCAGACCAAGACACUGCUGACCUUAUUUUCCUUAUUGAUGGAUCAAACUACACUGGAAGAUCCAAUUUUGCUGUCAUUAUCGACUUCCUUAUAAAUGUCAUUGAGAAACUUGCACUUGGACCUCACCGUAUCCAAGUGGGGGUGGUCCAGUAUAGUGAUGAGCCCAGAACCAUGUUCUCCUUGGACACCUACUUUGAUAAGGCUAAUAUUCUAGUUGCAGUGAAGUCCCUCGAGUUUAUUGGUGGGGAGGUGGCUAACAUCGGCCAGGCAAUUGACUUUGUGAUAAAGAAUCACCUCACCCAGGCAGGGGGCAGCCGAAUAGAGGAAGGGGUCCCCCAGCUGCUGGUGGUCAUAAGUGCUGGUCCUUCUAGUGAUGAGAUCCCCGACGAGUUUAUGGCUCUGAAAGAGACUAGGGUGUUCUCAUUCGGCCUUGGAGUCCAAGCAGCCCCCAGGGCAGAGCUUGUGCAUAUAGCUUCAGAGGAGAGCUUGGUGCAUAUGGUCCCGGAUUUCAGUAGCUUGGAGAAGCUCGAGACGCAAAUACUGCCGGUGAUUAUUGCAAUUGCCCAAAGAAAACUUUUGUUACAAUCACCAACCUUUGCCACUCAAGUCAUGGAAGUCAACAAGAGGGACAUAGUCUUCCUGGUGGAUGGCUCAUCCAGACUGGGGCUGGCCAACUUCAAUGCCAUCCGAGACUUCAUUGGCAAAGUCAUCCAGAGGCUGGAGAUUGGACAGGACCUCAUCCAGGUGGCAGUGGCUCAAUACGCAGACACUGUGAAGCCUGAGUUCUACUUCAAUACCCACCCCAGCAAAAGGGAAGCUGUGAACGCAGUGCGGAGAAUGAAGCCCAUGGAGGGCCCAGCCUUGAACACAGGCUCCGCCCUGGACUUUGCUCGCAACAACCUGUUCCUCAGUGCAGUAGGCUCCCGGGCUGCCGAAGGCGUCCCUAAGCUCCUGGUGCUGGUCACAGGUGGUAAGUCCCUCGAUACUGUCAGCCUGCCCGCCCAGGAGCUGAAGAGGAGCGGCAUCAUGGCCUUUGCCAUUGGGAACAAGGCCGCUGACCAGGCUGAGCUGGAAGAGGUCGCUUUUGAUUCCUCCCUGGUGUUUAUCCCGGCUGAGUUCCGAGCCGCACCCCUGCAAGGCAUCCUGCCUGGCCUGCUCUCGCCCCUUAGGACCCUCUCCGGAACCACUGAAGUUCACGUAAACAAAAGGGAUAUCAUCUUCCUUUUGGACGGAUCAGUCAACGUUGGAAAGAGCAAUUUCCCUUAUGUGCGUGACUUUGUCAUGAACCUAGUUAACAGCCUUGAUGUCGGAAGUGACAAUAUCCGUGUCGGUUUAGUGCAGUUUAGUGACACUCCUGUGACGGAGUUCUCUCUAGACACAUACCAGACCAAGGCCCAGAUGCUCGCUCACCUGCAGGGCUUGCAGCUGCAGGGGGGCACGGGCCUGAACAUGGGCUCGGCCCUCAGCUAUGUCCAUGCCAACCACUUCACUGAGGCUGGCGGCAGCAGGAUCCGCGAACGUGUGCCGCAGCUGCUGCUCCUGCUCACGGCUGGGCAGUCUCAGGACUCCUAUUUGCAAGUGGCCAACCAGCUGACGCGCGAGGGCAUCCUGACCUUUUGUGUGGGGGCCAGCCGGGCAGAUAAGGCAGAGCUUGAGCAGAUUGCCUUUAACCCGAGCCUGGUAUACCUCAUGGACGAUUUCAGCUCCCUGCCAGCUCUGCCGCAGCAGCUGAUUCAGCCCCUAACCACUUAUGUUAGUGGAGGUGUGGAGGAAGUACCACUCGUCCAGCCAGAGAGCAAGAGAGACAUCCUGUUCCUCUUUGAUGGCUCUGCCAACCUCGUGGGCCAGUUCCCAGCUGUCCGCGACUUUCUCUACAAGAUCAUUGAUGAACUGGACGUGAAGCCCGAAGGGAUCCGGAUCUCUGUAGCUCAGUACAGUGACGAUGUCAAGCUGGAGUCACGCUUCAACGAGCACAUGACCAAGCCGGAGAUCCUGAACCAGGUGAAGCGCAUGAAAAUCAAGAUGGGCAAAGCGCUGAACCUGGGCUACGCCCUGGACUUCGCCCAAAGGUACAUCUUUGUGAAGUCCAUGGGCAGCCGCAUCGAGGACGGAGUGAUGCAGGUCCUGGUGCUGCUGGUGGCGGGGCGGUCGUCAGAUUCCCUGGACGUGCCCGCCAGAAACCUGAAACAGAGUGGCGUGGUUCCAUUCAUCUUCCAAGCCAAGAAUGCUGACCCCACCGAGCUGGAGCGGAUUGCACUUUCCCCGGCAUUCAUCUUGGCCACAGAGUCACUCCCCAAGAUUGGAGAUCUGCAGCCCCAGAUUGUGAACCUCUUAAAGUCGGUGUACAACGGAGGCCAGCCACCAGCUUCAGGUGAGAAAGAUGUGGUGUUCCUGAUCGAUGGCUCUGAGGGUGUGAGGAGCGGCUUUGGGCUGCUGAAGGACUUCAUGGAGAGGCUGGUGCAGGGCCUGGAUGUGGGCCCCAACCGAGUCCGUGUUGCCGUGGUACAGUACAGCGACCGCACCCGGCCCGAGUUCUACCUGAACUCCUUCAUGGACCAGCAGGGCGUCAUCGGCGCCAUCCGCAGGCUAACCCUGCUGGGUGGGCUGACGCCCAAUACCGGGGCGGCGCUGGACUUCGUCCUGAAGAAUGUCCUGACCCGGUCUGCAGGGAGCAGGAUGGAGGAUGGAGUCCCCCAACUUCUGAUAGUGCUCACGGCUGACAGGUCUGGGGAUGACGUGAGGGGCCCCUCAGUGGUCCUGAAGAGGGGCGGGGCGGUGCCCAUUGGCAUCGGCAUUGGGAAUGCUGACAUCUCGGAGAUGCAGACCAUAUCCUUCAUCCCAGACUUCGCUGUGGCCAUCCCCACCUUCCGGGAGCUGGGGAGUGUGCAGCAGGUCAUCUCCGAGAGGGUGACCCAGCUCAGCCGUGAGGAGCUGAGCAGGCUACAGCCCAUUUUUCUGCCCCCGAGAACAGGUGGUGCCAAGAGGGACGUGGUCUUCCUCAUCGACGGGUCCCAAGCUACUGCCCCGGAGUUCCAGCACAUCCGCAACCUCAUCGAGAGGCUGGUGGACUACCUGGACGUGGGCUUCGACACCACGCGGGUGGCGGUCAUCCAGUUCAGCGAGGACCCCAAGGUGGAGUUUCUGCUCAAUGCCCACUCCAGCAAGGACGAGGUGCACAAUGCCGUGCGGCAGCUGCGGCCCAAGGGAGGCCGGCAGGCCAACGUGGGGAGCGCCCUGGAGUACGUGUCCAGGAACAUUUUCAAGAGGCCACUGGGCAGCCGCAUAGAAGAGGGCGUCCCACAGUUCCUGGUGCUCAUCUCAUCCGGGAAGUCGGCCGACGAGGUGGACGAUGCGGCUGUGGAGCUGAAGCAGUUCGGUGUGGCCCCUUUCACUGUCGGCAGGAACACGGACCAGGAGGAGAUGGCGAAGAUCUCCCUGAGCCCUGAGUAUGUGUUCUCAGUCAGCACCUUCAGGGAGCUGCCCAGCCUGGAGCAGAAGCUGCUGAUGCCCAUCACCACCCUCACCGCCCAGCAGAUCCAGCAGCUCCUGGAGAGCACCCGCCACCCUCCACCGGAGAGCGAUGCUGCGGACAUCGUCUUCCUCAUCGACAGCUCUGACGGCGUCAAAAGUGAUGGCCUCGCGUACAUCCGAGACUUUGUGAGCAGGAUUGUUCAAAGACUCAACAUUGGCCCCAACAAAGUGAGAAUCGGCCUGGUGCAGUUCAGCAAUGAUGUUUUCCCUGAGUUCUUCCUGAAGACCCACAGGUCCCAGGCUGCGGUGCUGGGCGCCAUACGGCGCCUGAGGUUCCAGGGUGGUGCUCCGCUGAACACCGGCCGAGCUCUGGAGUAUGUGGCAAAAAACCUCUUUGUUAAAUCUGCCGGGAGCCGGAUAGAAGAUGGGGUGCCCCAGCACCUGGUCCUGCUUCUAGGUGGAAAUUCCCAGGAUGAUGUUUCUGGCUUUUCCCGGGUCAUCAGCUCCUCGGGGAUUGUGAGUUUAGGAAUUGGAAACCGGAACGUGGACAGAACAGAGUUGCAGACCAUCGCCAACGACCCCAGGCUGGUCUUCACGGUGCGCGAGUUCAGAGAGCUCCCCAGCAUACAGGAGAGGGUCAUAGGCUCUUUUGGAUCCUCUGGGGUCACCCCAGCACCCCCAGUACUCACCUCUCCUCCUUCGAGGCCAGAGAAGAAGAAGGCGGACAUUGUGUUCCUGCUGGAUGGUUCCAUCAACUUCAGGAGGGACAAUUUCCAGGAAGUGCUCCGUUUCGUGUCCGAAAUUGUGGACACGGUUUAUGAAGAUGGCGACUCCAUCCAGGUGGGACUGGUCCAGUACAACUCAGACCCCACCGAUGAGUUCUUCCUGAAGGACUAUUCCUCCAAGAGGCAGAUCAUUGAUGCCAUCAACAAAGUGGUCUACAAAGGGGGUCGGCGUGCCAACACCAGGGUGGGCAUCCAGCACCUGCAGCUCCAUCACUUUGUGCCUGAGGCGGGCAGCCGCCUGGACCAGAGGGUCCCCCAGAUCGCCUUUGUGAUCACGGGGGGGAAGUCAGCAGAGGACGCUCAGGAUGUGAGCCUGGCACUCACCCAGAGAGGCGUCAAAGUUUUCGCGGUGGGAGUGAGGAACAUAGACUCUGAGGAGGUGGGGAAAAUUGCGUCCAACAGCGCCACUGCCUUCCGCGUGGGGAACGUCCAGGAGCUGUCGGAGCUGAGUGAGCAAGUUUUGGAGACUCUGCAUGAUGCGAUGCAUGAGACCCUGUGUCCUGGUGUGAGCGACGUGUCCAAAGCUUGCAGUCUGGACGUGAUCCUGGGGUUUGAUGGGUCCAGAGAUCAGAACGUAUUUGUGGCCCAGAAGGGCUUUGAGUCCAAGGUGGACGCCAUCCUGAGCAGAAUCAGCCAGAUGCAGAGGAUCAGCUGCAGCGGAGGCCAGCUGCCCACCGUGCAUGUGUCUGUGGUGGCCAACACGCCCUCUGGGCCGGUGGAAGCCUUUGACUUUGAUGAGUACCAGCCGGAGCAGUUUGCAAAGUUCCGCGACAUGCGCAGCCAGCACCCGUACGUCCUCACGGCCGACACACUGAAGGUCUACCAGAAUAAGUUCAGGCAGUCCUCACCGGACAGCGUGAAGGUGGUCAUUCAUUUCACUGAUGGCGCGGAUGGAGACCUGGCCAAUUUACACAGAGCCUCGGAGGAACUCCGAGAGGAAGGUGUCCAUGCACUGAUCCUGGUGGGCCUGGAACGCGUGGCCAGCUUGGAGAGACUGGCACACCUGGAGUUCGGGCGGGGCUUCAUGUACGACAGGCCCCUGCGGCUCAACCUGCUGGACCUUGACUACGAGCUGGCGGAGCAGCUGGACAACAUUGCUGAGAAAGCCUGCUGCGGGGUUCCCUGCAAAUGCUCCGGAGAGAGGGGAGACCGAGGGCCCAUUGGCAGCAUCGGGCCAAAGGGCGUGGCGGGGGAAGACGGCUACCGAGGUUACCCAGGAGAUGAAGGCGGACCUGGUGAGCGAGGUCCGCCCGGCGUGAAUGGCACUCAGGGCUUCCAGGGCUGCCCAGGCCAGAGAGGAGUGAAGGGCUCUCGGGGAUUCCCAGGAGAGAAGGGUGAACUCGGAGAAAUCGGGCUGGACGGGCUCGACGGCGAGGAUGGAGACAAGGGGCUGCCCGGUUCUUCUGGAGACAAGGGGAGCCCUGGGCGAAGGGGUGACAAAGGACCAAAAGGCGCCAAGGGGGAGCGAGGAGACGUCGGCAUCCGAGGUGACCCGGGUGACUCUGGACAGGACAACCAGCAGAGGGGACCCAAAGGAGAGACAGGUGACAUCGGCCCCAUGGGUCUCCCCGGGAGAGAUGGUGUGCCAGGAAGCCCCGGGCAAGCUGGGAAGAACGGCGGCUUUGGCCGAAGGGGACCCGCAGGAGCCAAGGGCAACAGGGGCGGUGCUGGCCAGGCGGGCUUCCCAGGAGAGCAGGGUACCAGAGGCGCACAGGGUCCCCCUGGCCCCACUGGUCCUCCAGGCCAGGUCGGGGAGCAAGGCAUUCCUGGACCUCGGGGAGCGGGAGGAACCGUGGGGGCUCCAGGAGAACGCGGCAGGACGGGUCCCUUGGGAAGAAAGGGGGAGCCCGGAGAGCCAGGACCCAAGGGAGGAUUGGGGAACCGCGGCACUCGUGGGGAGACGGGAGACGAUGGACGAGACGGCGUGGGCAGUGAAGGCCGCAGAGGCAAAAAAGGAGAAAGAGGAUUCCCGGGGUACCCAGGACCAAAGGGUGUACCUGGUGAGCCCGGAGUGGAUGGAGGACCAGGACCCAAAGGCGUCAGAGGGCGGAGGGGAAAUUCAGGACCUCCUGGGAUAGGUGGACAGAAGGGAGACCCCGGAUUCCCAGGGCCAUCUGGUCACAAGGGCAUCCGCAGUGACUCCAUUGAUCAAUGUGCCCUUAUCCAGAGCAUCAAGGAAAAGUGUCCUUGCUGCUAUGGGCCCCUGGAGUGCCCUGUCUUCCCCACGGAGCUGGCCUUCGCCCUGGACACUUCUGAGGGCGUCACCCAAGACAUCUUCAGCCGCAUGCGCGAUGUAGUCCUGAGCAUCGUGGGCGAGUUGACCAUCGCGGAGAGCAACUGCCCAAGGGGGGCCCGUGUGGCCGUGGUCACCUAUAACAAUGAGGUGACCACGGAGAUCCGGUUUGCAGACUCCAGGAAGAAGUCGGCCCUGCUGGACAGCAUUAAGAACCUCCAGGUGGCCCUGACAUCCAAGCAGCAGAGUCUGGAGACUGCCAUGUCCUUCGUGGCCAGGAACACGUUCAAGCGUGUGCGGAAUGGGUUCCUGAUGAGGAAGGUGGCUGUUUUCUUCAGCAACAGACCCACCAGGUCAACCCCGCAGUUGCGCGAGGCAGUGCUCAAACUGUCGGAUGCAGGCAUCACGCCUCUGUUCCUCACCAGCCAGGUGGACCGGCAGCUCGUCAAUGCCUUGCAGAUCAACAACACAGCUGUGGGGCAUGUGCUUGUCCUGCCGGCGAGGAGGGACCUUGCGGACUUCCUGAAGAGCGUCCUCACAUGCCACGUGUGCCUGGACAUCUGCAACAUCGACCCGUCCUGCGGGUUUGGCAGCUGGAGGCCUUCCUUCCGGGACAGGAGAGCGGCAGGCAGCGACGCGGACGUAGACCUGGUGUUUCUCCUAGACAGUGCAGAGACCACUAGCCUGUUCCAGUUCAACGAGAUGAAGAAGUACGUGGGCUACGUGGUCAAGCAGCUGGAGCUGAGCCCCGACCCUGGGGCCUCCCCGCACUUCGCCAGGGUGGCCGUGGUGCAGCACGCACCCUACGAGUCCCUGGGCAAUGCCAGCGCGCCACCAGUGCAGGUGGGGCUGUCGCUGACGGACUACGGCUCCAAGGAGAGGCUGCUGGACUUCUUGGGCGGCGGAGUGGCGCAGCUGCAGGGAGGCAGGGCCCUGGGCCGCGCAGUGGAGUACACAGUCCAGAACGUGUUCGAAAGUGCGCCCAACCCGCGGGACCUGAAGGUCCUGGUGCUGAUGCUGACCGGCGAGGUGCGGGAGCGGGAGCUGGAGGAGGCCCGCAGGGCCAUCCUGCAGGCCAAGUGCAGGGGCUACUUUUUUGUGGUCCUGGGCGUGGGCCGGAAGGUGAACGUCAAGGAGCUGUACGGCUUCGCCAGCGAGCCCAGCGACGUCUUCUUCAAACUCAUCGACAAGUCCACCGAGCUCAACGAGGAGCCACUGAUGCGCUUCGGGAGGCUUUUGCCGUCCUUCAUUGGCAGUGAGAAUGCUUUUUACUUGUCCCCAGACAUCAGGAAACAAUGUGAUUGGUUCCAAGGGGACCAACCAGCAAAGAAUGGUGUGAAGUUUGGUCACAGGCAAGUAAAUGUUCCGAAUAACGUUACUUCAAGUCCUACAACCAAACCAGUGACAACAAAACCAGUGACCACCACCACAAAAGCAGCAACUAUUGUAAAUCUGCCACCUGCUAAGCCAGCUGCUAGGAACCCUGCUGCUGCAAAGCCCGUGGCUGCCCGUCCUGUGGGCACCAACACAGCCACAGUCAGACCGGCGGUAGUGGUGAAGCCAGUGGCUGCAGCAAAGCCUGCAGCAGCAAAGCCGGCAGCUGUGAGACCCCCUCUCCCUCCUGCAAGGGCAGCGUCCACCAAGCCAGAGGCCCCCAGGCUGCCAGCCAAGCCAGCCACUGCCACCAAGCCAGAGGCUCCCAGGUCGCCAGCCAAGCCAGCCGCUGCCACUAAGCCAGAGGCUCCCAGGCCACAGGCCAAACCCGCAGUCCCCAAGCCAGCUGCUGCUAAUCCCUUGGUGAAGGCGAUGACCGAAGUCCAGGUGUCUGAGGUCACGGAGAACAGUGCCAGGCUCCGCUGGGAGAGGCCUGCGCCCCCCAGCUCUUACUUUUAUGACCUCACUGUCACCUCGGCCCAGGACCAGUCCCUGGUUCUCAGGCAGAACCUCACAGUCACUGAGCGUGUCAUAGGGGGCCUGCAGGCUGGGCAGACGUACUACGUGGCAGUGGUCUGCUACUUGAGGUCGCAAGUCCGAGCCGUCUUCCGUGGAACCUUCAGCACAAAGAAAACCCAGCCUCCACCUCCAUCACUAGCAAGGUCAGCCUCAAGUUCAAGCAUCAACCUAAUGGUGAAAACGGAGCCAUUGGCUUUUACCAAAACAGAUAUAUGCAAGCUGCUCAGAGAUGACGGAACCUGCAGAGAGUAUGAGCUAAAGUGGUUCUAUGACACCAAGACGGAGAGCUGCGCGCGGUUUUGGUAUGGAGGCUGUGGUGGGAAUGAAAACAGAUUUGACUCCCAGCAGGAAUGUGAAAAGGUUUGCGCUUCUGGCUCAGGGCUCCCCAAACCCGGCGUCGUCAAUGUGAUGGGAACCUAGGCAUGGCUGGCGUGACACAUACCUCUGGGAGAAAAAGGAGGCAGCCACCCGCAACUCUUCAUCUUUGAAUCCGUAGCAGGUCUGGGAGGUUCCCUGACUCUGUGCCAUUUUGUGCUUUGAUCGACACCUGGACUCGGAGGAAGACUUCUUUUGCACGACUAUCAAUUUGGUGCUAAGCGUGUCUGUGGGCCCCUCGUGCUGUCUCCAGGCAGUUAUCUCGUAUUCUCUGAGUGUUGUGGAGUAGUUAGCCACUGCCGGUGCGUAUGUGAAUAUCCCCCUAGUUCCACCUCUGUCUGGAGUUUGUUUCUUCUGUUCCGGGCAAUGUAAGGUCUAGAAAGUAGCCCCUAAUGUCCAGCUGCUCUGUAUACUUUCGCUUGGUUCAUCUCCCCUUAGUUAAGCAUGACUUUAGAUGGAGAAACAAGAGCCCCACACUUUCAUCCUUACACCCCAAUUUCCUGGAUGAGGCUUCGGGCCAAUUUUCUUUUUCUAAAUCCUCUAACGAAUGAUCUGAUUAGGAGGAAGCAACAUCCUUCGACCUGUGUGCACUGUUGGGACCAAUGCCUUAAUUAAAGAAUCCAAAGAAACCCAUAAGAGAGAAUAUUUUUGGCAUUCCUCUAAUUUUUUUUUUUUUUUUUUUGGUGAAGGGG